AUGUCAAAAGCGAUUGCCCUGAAAAUAGUUAGAUUACAAAGAAAUUUCUUCUGGAAUGGGGUAACUAGUGAAAAGUUGGGUUGCCCUAGGGUCAAAUGGUCUGAUAUUGAACUACCAAAAGAAUUGGGAGGUCUUGGGCUAGGGCUAAAAGCAUUGGCGGAUACCUUUCACAAGGUUAAAGAUGGUACAUGGGCUCACCUUCUGAGUAUCGACAUCGACACAUCAAAAAUGAGAUCAAUCAUAGAAGAAGGCAUGAUCGUGAAAAUCGGAAAGGGAAACUCAGUCUGGUUUUGGCAUGAUAGGUGGUGUGAAGUCGGAACGCUAAAAAGGAUCUUCCCAAGAUUGUACGCAAUAUCGCUACAAAAAGAUCUCCUCAUAUGUCAAAUGGGGGACUGGCAAGAAGGAUCUUGGGCUUGGAAUUUCAUAUGGCGUAGAAAUCUGUACGAAUGGGAAAAUGAUGAGGUCUCAAGGCUAAAAAACCAUAUUGAACAGCUUAGACCAGACAAGGGCAUGGAAGAUAGGGUGAUCUGGAAACACUCGAGCAGCCUAUUCUAUCCUACAAAAAGCAUUGGUGUGAAAAUGUUUGAAGACCAAGCGCCCAUUCUAUCCAAACCUAUAAUCAAUCUCGUGUGGCAGAAAUUUAUCCCUCCAAGAGCACAGUUGGCAGUAUGGUUGGCAAAUCUGGAGAAACUGAAAACUGGCGAUUUUCUUGUACAAAAGGGGAUUAUUGACACUCAACUGGCCGUUUGCCCCUUCUACAGCAGGGAUACAGAAUCAGACUCUCAUAUCCUGUUUACAUGUAGUUUCUCCUGGAGGUCCUAG